AUGUUUGCCACUGAAGCCCGUCAAGAGGCUCCGCAGAAGCCACCAAUGACUAAGAGAACUAAGAAGGUCGGCAUCACCGGUAAGUUCGGUGUGAGAUACGGUUCGUCUUUGAGAAGACAGACCAAGAAGUUGGAGGUGCAGCAGCACGCCAAGUACGACUGCUCUUUCUGUGGUAAGAGAACCACCCAGAGAACCGCCACUGGUAUCUGGAAGUGCAAGGCCUGCAACAAGACCGUUGCUGGUGGUGCUUACACUGUGUCCACCGCCGCCGCUGCCACCGUCAGAUCGACCAUCCGUCGUUUGAGAGACUUGGCUGAGGCUUAA